UCCUUCCAAAUCGAAUGCUGUUUUGUUUGCUGGGGAAAUAAAUUGUCUUGUCAGAGCAAAACAUUGUUGGGCUGGAGCUCUAGAACAAGAGCUGGAAUGAGUGUUUGACUUCGUGCAUCACUCCGGCGGUCAUGUAUAACGGCAUUGGCCUCACCACGGCACGUGGGACGGGCACGAAUGGCUACGUCACGAAGAACAUGUCCAGCCUUGGACAGAAACGUGAGCGAGUCGAGUAUCGCACUGAUGAGGACAUGAAGAGAGUAGAGGCGAUGCUCGCACCGAAGAAGACGAACCCUGACAUUCUGGAGCACGAGCGGAAGCGCCAGGUGGAAAUUCAGUGCAUGGAACUGCGUGCUCAAUUGGAAGACGACGGAGUGGAUGACGAGAUCAUUGAGCGGCAAGUUGCGGAGCUGCGCACUCUGCUGAUCUCGAACCAUGCCACGGAGAUUGCUUCCACCAGGGAGACGGAGGAGAAGGCUGGCAGCGAGCGGUUGGACCGUAUGCGUGAUGCGUUUGGCAUCAAAGAUCCCAAGGCAGUGGAGCCCAGUGCGCCACCGUUGACGGAUGAGGGCACUGCUGCUGCAAAGAAUGCAUCGCCCGAGCCUGAACGAAGGAGGCGCAAGAAACGAAGUCCAUCACCAUCACCAGAGGAGCCUGAACCAAGGAGAAAGAAGAAAAAGAGGGCAAGAUCACCAUCAUCUGAACCAGAGCCGAGACACAGGCGACACAGAAGCAGCUCUAGCGAACCGGAGAAGCGACGCCGACGAAAGAAAGCCGCGCCGAGCCCGAGUCCAUCAGUGUCCCGUUCGCCUGAGCCAAGAGCGAGGAGAAACAGAUCACCAUCUCCUGAGCCAGUGCGUCGCAGGGAUAGUCACAGAAGAAAGUCACCAUCUCCCUCUCCUCCACGCCGGCAGCGCCGUGAAAGGGCACGGUCACCCGAGCAAGAGCCAGAACCCCCAAGGCGGCGACGACAACAGAAGUCUGCAUCACCGUCACCACCGCCCAGGCAGGAGAGGCGUCGUCGCAAGGAAAGGUCACCAUCUGCUUCUCCUGAACCACCACCACGUCGUAGAGACAGAGCUCGAUCACCAAGGCAAGAACCAGAGCAGCGUCAGAGACGACAGCAAUCUGCUGCCUCUUCUUCUCCGAGGCCCGAGAGGCAGCGUGGCAAGGAAAGCAGGCCAGGCAGGUCUCCAUCUCCGGACGCACGACGCCGACAGGACAGCAGGCCAGCCAGGUCUCCAUCUCCGGACACGCGUCGCCGACAGGAGAGCAGGCCAGCCAGGUCUCCAUCUCCGGACACGCGUCGCCGACAGGAGAGUAGAGCCAGAUCACCACCACGCAGCAGGCAGGCAGAGCAGCAGCAAAGACGAAGAUCUGAUAACAAGCGCAGUUCUCCUUCACCUGAGCCACAUCGGAGAAGAAAGGACCGGGCCAGAUCACCAUCCCCGGCACCUCAGCCGACACCAGUAGAGCCAAGGCGGCGAAAGGACCGGGCCAGAUCACCAUCCCCGGCACCUCAGCCGACACCAGUAGAGCCAAGGCGGCGAAAGGACCGUACAAGGUCUCCGCCGCCAGUUCAGCAGCAGGAGUCUAGACGUCGCCAUGAGAAAGCAAGGUCCCCCUCGCCAGAACCAGUCCAAAGACACAGAAGAGACAGACAAAGAUCACCCGAGCCAAGCACGGAAUCACGCAGCAGGAGAGAAAGAAAGAGGUCACCAUCUCCCGAGCCAGAGCCGAAACGCAGCAGAAGGGAAAGAUCACCUGUCGCAUCUGGCCGUCGUUCGAAAAGGCCCCCAAGCAGUAGCAGUAGCAGCAGUGGCAGUGACUCAAGCAGCGGUAGCAGUGAUAGCGACUCUGGCAGUAGCAGUGGCUCAUCUACAGGCAGCGGGAGCAGCAGCAGCAGCGGAUCAAGCAGCUCGUCCGGCAGCGACUCCGAUUCCAGCAGCCCACCGCCGCGCAGCCGCGAUGCCCGACGCAAACCUGACCACCGUAGCAGCAACGAUCGCAGAGCAGCAGAGCGACGCGCAUCACCACCUGCUCGCCGAGCUAGUCCACCGCCAACACGCAGUCGCAGUCGAGAUGCCGACUCACGACGCCGUCGAAGCGACACUGAACGCAAACCCAGCGCUGCUGCUGAUAGUCAGCGUUCUCCUCCAUCGCGUGCGAACAGAAAUGCUCGUGAAUCCUCACCUCCAUCGCCAGUAUUAGCAGUAGCACCGUCGCGGUCAUCUGCAAAGCAACAACAGCCGCAGGCUGCGAAGCAAGCAUCGCCUGAGCCGGAUCGGCGUCGACGUUCUCCCGAGCGUCGUCGUCGGCCAUCAAGAAGCCCGGCGCCACCGCGGAGAAGGCCCGCUGCCAGCCCGGAACAAAGGAGUCGCUCACGUCAUGAUCGCUCUCCGCCGCAGCCAGCAAGACGUAGCGGUGCCCAGCGAAGCUCCUCACCACCACCACCACCACCACGUAGAAGGGCUCCAUCUCCUUCUCCCAGCCCCGUAGCUCGUGAGUCACGGCAAGAAAUGAAGAGGGCGAAGUCGCCAUCCCCCAGUCCUGUUCCCGAACGGAGGCAACAGAAGAGGGUGCCAUCUCCGUCACCGAGUCCCGCACCCGAGCCCAGACGCAGGAAAGAUAGAGCCAGAUCUCGGUCACGUAGUCCUGAGCCAGAGACAAGACGGCGACGUGAAAGGUCGCCUGCACCCUCCUCCACCAAGCGUCGCAGAAGGAGCAGCACAAGUAGUAGCAGUGGCAGUGGCAGCAGUGACAGCGAUUCAGACAGCAGUGCUUCGUCAAGCGGCAGCGGUAGUGGCAGCAGCAGCAGCAGCAGCGGUAGCAACAGUGGCUCUAGCAGUGGAUCGGAUUCGAGCAGCAGCAGCAGCCGCAGUCGGUCGCGCAGUCGUAGCCGCGGCGGCGGCCGUGGUCGUGCUACAGCCGACUCGCGACAACGUGACCGUGGUGGUGAUGAUGAUCAACACCGAGCCAGAGCGAUGGCUAAUAGACGUCGAUCGCCCUCACCCCGCCGUCGCCGCCGAAGCAACAGCAACAGCAGACGUAUGUCACCGCCGCCGUCCAAGCGGCCAGACAGACGCGAUCGCGGCUCUCCCGAUCGGUCAUCCGGAUACCGUCGACGUCGGUCGCGAACUCCACCGCGACGCCGAUAAGAGUACGAUUGCUAGAGAGCGAGUAUACUUUCGCCAUGUUCCAACUAGUACUGUUAGCAGAACCAUGACAUCAUCAUGACAUCACUAUGACAUCAUCACUAAGUGUUGACUGAUCAUAUGCUGCUCACGUGCGCACGAAUGCCUGCGUGCUCUCUCGCACACACACACACACUGGAUUCUCUUGUGCCGCUUGCAGCCAGCAGCAGCGUUUGUCAAUAGUCCUCAUAGUCCUCGUCUUUGGCAGGCCAGACCAUCAUCCCAUUGCGUGGUUAACAGUGCCUGUAUGUACAUGCUGUGCGUGCAUACUGUCUGUAUGACUGGCGUGCAUGCCAGUCCGUGUCAGUACCACACAAGAGCCGUCGUGAACAUUACUCCUUGUAUAUAAUAGUAAGGUUUGGUGGCAACCACUGCCCCCAGGUCGCAGACAGCUGUGCUUUGUGCAUAAUUCCUUUGAUUGUGCAUGUCAUUUCCCUGUGGCCGAUCGGCUUUUGAAGGGACUUGUCGUUCUUCGUACAGCUUUUUUUUUGGGCCGUCUUUUUACAUGGUAAUUGCACCAACUCCAUUUGUUCUAUCUGUCCUUCAUUUUAUAUUCUUGUUCCUAGUCAUCUUGCUAGAUGUAUUGAUUUACGGGCUGCAAUUCCUAGAUUUGUUCCUCGAUCCGCUCAAAUUUCUGUCCCCUUUUUUGUAGGUUUGUUGUUGCUCUUGUCGUUUCUGUUCCUCCCCGCCUUCUUGCCGUGCAAUAGGACCCGUGCGUGGGUUUUGUAUGUGAAUCUGUAGAUCGAUGACAGCAUGUAUAGCGGCGCAACAUUGUCCAGUGUUGUGUCUCGUCGCGUUGCAAAUGUUUUCUGUCUGCGGUCCGUUUUGUAACUGUGGAAAAAUUAACAAAAAAUUGCUCCUCUGAAACCUGA